ACACCUAUGACAAGUACGUUUUCAAUUUAUUCAGUUUUUUGAUAUUGUGUCUGCAUGCUCGUUAGUCAAAAAUAAUUCUGUGUUUCAGAAUGUCGUGAGGCGACGUCAUAAUGCAGAGUGUCAAGUGUGUGGUUGUUGGAGACAAGGGAGUUGGAAAGUCCUACCUACUCCACACCUACAUCAACAAGAUCUUUCCUAAGGUGUACACACCAUGUUUCUACGGCACGUACAGCACCCAGGUUCAUGUAGACGGCCAGACUGUCAGCCUGAACCUUCAGGACACAGGUAGCAGUGAGGAAUAUGACAGAUUGCGCCUCCUCUGCUACAGCCAAGUCAGUGUCUUCCUCAUCUGCUUCUCUAUUGCUAGCCCAGAAUCCUAUGAGAAUGUAAAGCGCAAAUGGCAUCCAGAGGUCAAAAGCCAUUACCCUAAAGUGCCCAUUCUUGUUGUGGGAACUAAGAGUGACCUGCGUGAUGAUGAAGAGGUCCUGGAGAAACUGAGAGCGCAAAAUCAGACCACAGUCACCCAGCAGCAGGGAGCAACCAUGGCAAAGCAAAUAAAGGCUGUAAAAUAUCUUGAGUGUGCUUCAUUGAGCCUGGAUGGACUGGAUGAGUUGUUUGAUGAAGCUGUGCGUGCCUUUCUCAGUCAUUCAGCUACCACCAUGAAACCCUGUGUACUCUUGUAA